AUGAGCUUAAUUUUAAGAUAUAUUGAUGAAAAAAAUCAAAUUUUUGAACGAUUUGUCGGAUUUUUGAAUUGUCAUGAUAAAUCUUAUGAUAAUGCAAAUGUUGACGAAGAACUUCAAGUAAGCGAACCCAAAUUGACUGGAGAAAAAUUAGGAGAUAUUGUAAUAUUUAUUUUAAAAAGCAUGUCACUGGAUCUUGAAAACUGUGUUGAAAUUAUAGAAAGUUUAACUGACAUAUCUGAAUGGACUGACCAUAUUUCUUCGUCAAAAGCUAAAACACUUUUAAUGGCUGUAACUUGUUGUGAUUUUAUUAUUACCUUAUUUGCAUUGACAGACGUUUUAAGUGUUACACUACCAGCCAGUAGACUUUUGCAAAGUUACAAUAGAAACAUUACAGAAGCAUCUGAUAUAAUAGAUGGCAUUAUACUUAACCUCUCUGAAAAACGAUCUAAUUGUGAAUCAGACUUUUCACAAUUAUUUGAACAAAGUAAGAAUCUUAUGAAUAAAUUGGACAUUGAUUUAAAAUUAACAAGAAUUGCCAAACGCCAAACACAAAGAUCUAAUACUCCUGCUCAAUCACUAGAAGAAUAUUAUAGUCGAGUAAUAUAUAUUCCAUUACUUGAAAACAUUUCAGAAGACUUGCAGUCAUGUUUUCUUAAUGCAAAAACUAAAAUAACAUUUAUAUUGAUGCUGCUUAUACCAUCCAAUGUUUUAAACAUAUCAAAUGACAAAAAACACGAACUUCUUCAGACUGUAACAAAUCACUAUGCAUACUUGGAUAUUAAUAUUUUAGAAUUUCAAGGAGAAAUAGAACUAUGGAAAACCAAAUGGAUUGAAAGUAAAAAUGAAUGUAAAAAAAUUCCUGAAAACGUUUUAGAAUCAAUUACGCAAAGUAAUAAAAUACUAUUUCCCGGGAUCAGAAAAAUACUGAUAAUAUUAGCUACUUUGCCUGUAAGUGUUGCUUCCGCAGAGAGGAGUUUUUCGACGUUACGCAGAUUAAAAACUUGGUUAAGAAGUCAAAUUGGACAGGAUGGAUUGACUGGUUUGGCAUUGUUGCAUGUACAUCGCGAUAUAGAACUAGAUGCAUGGAAAAUAAUAGAUCGGUUUGCAGAACACAAACGCUUUAAAGAAUUUGUUUUAUAG